AUGAUGGGCGACGACAAGGCCCCGCGGAGCCUCAGCCCGAUGGGCGGCCGCGACCGCGACCGGGAGCUCCUCAUCCCCGUCUCCGGCGGCGGCGGGGGAGGCUCGGUCCCCCGCGCCGGGGGCGACGACGACGACCUGGACAGGACCGCCGCCUCCCCCUCCGCCUCCGCCGCGCUCUCCUCCACCGGCCGCGAGGCUUUCCAUAAGGUGGUCCGCAGCUGGGCCUCAAAGAAAUUCAUGACUGGAUGUGUGAUUCUCUUCCCCAUAGCGAUAACAUUCUACUUCACCUGGUGGUUCAUUCAUUUUGUUGAUGGAUUCUUCUCUCCAAUCUAUGCACAAUUGGGAAUCAACAUUUUUGGUCUUGGUUUCAUCACUUCUGUUACUUUCAUAUUUUUCGUUGGAGUCUUCAUGUCAUCUUGGGUUGGAGCAUCUGUUCUUGGCAUUGGUGAAUGGAUCAUUAAGCGCAUGCCACUUGUGCGCCAUAUCUACAAUGCAUCUAAGCAAAUUAGUGCCGCUAUAUCGCCAGAUCAAAACAAACAGGCAUUCAAGGAGGCAGUCAUCAUACGACAUCCUCGUAUUGGGGAAUAUGCAUUUGGAUUCAUUACUUCAUCAGUCUCGCUCCAGAGCUAUUCUGGUCAAGAGGACCUUUACUGUGUCUAUGUGCCGACCAACCAUCUCUACAUUGGUGAUAUCUUCAUGGUGAACUCAAAGGAUGUGAUAAGGCCUAAUCUUUCUGUGCGUGAAGGCAUUGAGAUCGUUGUGUCUGGUGGUAUGUCAAUGCCCCAGGUUUUGUCGACCCUGGAUCCACAUCCACAUCUGCAUGCAAUCCACACAGACCGAGGUGGAGCAAGCAGAAGCUGA